CUCACCUGCCGGCCGGUCCUCCCCUUGGCCACGUCCUGGCCUGGGAGCGCGCGAGACUCAGUGCGGAGCGGGCUGCAAAGGACGUGACCCCAGUGCCGCGUGCAGGGGCAGCUAUGAUCCCGGUCUUCGUGGCCGCGGGCUCUGGUGACCCAGGACCUCAGGACCAGCCACGGGCAAGUGUGUGGGGGAUGCUCCCUAGGAGCCGCCGCCCCCCCCCCCCCCGCCGGGCGGGCCACCCUGCCCCUAGCACAGGGUCCCACACCCCAACGAAGGGGCAGUGCAGAGCAGGGCAGGAAGCAGCCCCUGGCCUUCAGCUCCUUUCUUGGGCAUCAGCUGCCCCCCCCCCCGCCCCGCCCAGAGCAUCCUCUAAGGUGGCGGUACCCGAUGCGCCUCUGCAGGGGCCUUGCUGUCCCCAAGGGGUUGCGCUGGGGGACAGCCUCCUAGGCCUGGGAGUCCACAUACUUGGCACCAGAGGGCCGUCUGCAGGGAGUUCGGAGCUCCUGGCACACAGGAUCCGAGGGGGCUUCCGUCACUUCUGAGGUGCGGCCUCAUUGGUACGUCAGUGUGGCCACUGUGGAGUCCCCUCUGGAGCACUUUCCUAACUCGGGUUUUCUCUCCAUCCCUGGCACUGCAGGUGGGGGGCGGGCAGGGAAAUCAGAGACAGAGACACUGUAUGGGGCAGCAGCCCAUUUCCCCGUCCCCACCUGUUCUCUGCUGCCCUUGGCUGCAAUUUCCCUUCCUCGGGCUGCCGCUGCCCACAGAGGAUGAGGCCAUAGAGCAGGAGGCCACGGAGGAGGAGCCCACAGAGGAGAACCCCACAGAGGAGGAGGCCACGGAGGAGGACCCCACAGAGGAGGAGGUCACGGAGGAGGCCAUGGAAGAGGAGACCACAGAGGAAGCCACAGAGGAGGAGGCUGCCACAGAAGAGGAGCCCAAAAAGGAGGAGACCACAGAGGAAACCAUAAAGGAAGAGCCUAUGGAGGAGGCCACGGAGGAGGAGGCCACGGAGGAGGAGGCCACAGAGGAGGAGCUCACAGAGGAGGAGACCAUGGAGAAGGAGGCCACGGAGGAGGAGGCCACGGAGGAGGAGGCCACAGAGGAGGAGACCACGGAGAAGGAAGCCACAGAGGAGGAGACUGCGGAGAAGGAGGCCACAGAGAAGGAGGCCACAGAGGAGGAGGCCACAGAGGAGGAGUUCACAGAGGAGGAGCUUACAGAGGAGGAGGCCACAGAGGAGGAGGCCACGGAGAAACCCCCAGAGGAAGCCACAGAGGAAGAGCCCACAUAUGAGAAGUCCACAGAGAAAGAGCUUGUGGAGGAGGCCACAGAGGAGCCCAAAGAGGAGACUACAGAGGAGGCCACGGAGGAGGAGGCCACGGAGUGGUCACAGUGUGCUUAGGCAGGCUCUGUGCCCCAUGCACUGGACCCUCAGGCACUGGUGUCCACUGCUGACUGGCACACAGGGGCUAUUUCAUGUGAAUAAGGGGCUUGACGGACCGGAGCUGCGAGCUGCCUUGGGCCCUUUCCUGAGGCGGAAAGGGCUGCCACCUGUCCUGCCGCUCGCGUUCGUGGGAAGCUCUGGCAGGGGCUGCGCGGGGGCUGAGGGCUUCAGGCCUCGGGUCAGACUUGGGCUCGGGGCUGGCGUCCAGGGUGGGGUGGUCAGGCCUGGACUCCUGCCGCCUGGCAUGUCAGCUGCUCUAGCCGCUUUACCCGGAACCGUUUCUGCUUGUUUAGCACUUGCUGUUGCUGGGCUGCUCUGGCCUCUUCCUGCUUAAUCUAGACCUUCCCCAGUCGGGUUCUGUUCCUCUUUGGGGGGAGGGGCGCGGGCGCCUGACCUCCGAGCCGUGUCCUCCAGGGAGCAGCCACCUCCCCUCUCAGCCGUGCACCUGUGCGGUGGCCCUGUGCUGCCGGCCACUCCCCCACAUUCCUCGGCCCGAGUGGCCAGGCCGCCUGCUGUUGCCACUUCUAAUCUGAGUUCCUGCCAAGCCCUCCCGCCGGGGGUCCUUAACCCUGUUCAGGGCUGAGUCCGCAGGGACCCUGUGCCAGCCCUCCCGCUCUCGCAGGACAGGCCAGUCCAUCCCCUUUCACUCGCCCUGGCAGGCGGGCGGCAGCCUGACGCCGAUGCCUUGCUCUAAUCCCCCGCAGCUCCCGGAAGGAAGCACGCAGGCCGUGGCGUGGCCGCUCCUCCCGCUCCCGCUCCCAGACAACGCUGCCGCCUCGUGCCAGUGCCUGCUGAGUGUGCUGAGCGCGGCCCCCGGGCCAGCUGUGCCGUGGACACCCUGUGCCCGUCUCUGCUUCCUCUGAGCAUCCUCCCCGCCCCCUCACACCCGGCUCCUGCAGAUGUGGGCAGUGGGUGCUCUGGGGCUGCACAGGAGGCGGGUGCAGUGGCCGUCCAUCCCUGUCACUGUGGCUGAGCACCCGUGUGCCCACCCUGCCUCUGCCUUGCCAGCGGCCGCCAUCCCAGACACACACGGGCACAAACUCAGAACCAGACAUGGGAUUUACAUAUGGGCACACAUGCACACACAGGCGCCCGUAGAUGUAUGUGCACAACAUAGUCACGUGUGUGAAGGAGUCCUUGUGUGUGCAUGCACAGCACAGGUCACACGUGUGUAUGCACUCGCAGCCACCAGAGGGACACACCCUUGGCUCACUCUCAACCCUGGGCAUUGAGACCAAGGACAGGGCCUGCGGGCAGAGACCUGGGCACAAUGAGAGGCCCUGUGUGCUUCCCGGGCCCCUCCCAGGUGCCCACUGCCCUCGGCCCAGGGACUUCCCUCUGGGGACCAGCGGUGUGAGGUCAAGGGUCUGAGGCCACCUCCUGGGGCCCUGCAGCCGGGGCCCAGCCGGGGCCCAGCCGGGCCAGGUGAAGAUGCUGUGCGCCUGGCACCAGGCUGCUGGCUCCGUGUCUUGGUCCCGGAGCAGGGAGCAGAGGGGCUCUCGGGAGUAAACGCCAGCGUCCGGCCACGCCUCAGAUUGUGGAAACACGAAGGGCACUUUGACAGCACUGAAUGUGCGCCUUUGUUUGGGGAACAAAACUCCCCUUUCAGAAGCUAAAGCUCUGGCCUGUCCCAGACUCCAGCUUUUCCGGCAGCGGGGAAGUCGGGCCGAGAAUGGCUGCCACGUGUGCUCAUGGCCUGUGUCCUGGCUCCGGCAGGGUCCCUGCCCUGUCUCAGGCCGUUUCCCAGCACCCGCAGACUGCUGGGUCCGUCACCUCUGACUCAGGGGUGCACGUGGCCUUUUUCACACACAGCCGGACACACUUAAGAAGUGACGCCGUGCAGUUCCUGAACAGGGCGUGCCCAGAGGCAGGACAGCCCUGUGACUAGCCCCAUCGGCGCGUGCUCAGGACUCGCUCCUGCCAGGACUGUGUCUGAGGCCGCCUUUGGCUCACGUGUCGGGGCCGCUACUGGACGGGCUGUGUGGAAGGGGCCGCACGUGGCCGGCUGUGCUGGGGAGGAGAGGGACAGCCCGGCAGCCUGCAGGCCUGGUCGUCUCCUCGCUCGCCGAGAGCACUGCCCGUGCCUGCCCCGGCGCCUCUGCCAGCAGCUCCUGUGUCGGCCGUGGCACCAACGGUGCUUCUCUCCCUCUC